GUUAGGGUUGGGCCCAAUUAAGCGACACGGGAAUCGGAAUUUUCGCUCCUCUGCCUAGUUUUGCCGCUCGCGACAACUUCAUCCACGACCUCACCCACCCAACCGCCGUCUCUCGCCCGUCAACUCACCCAGAGACCAUCACCACCACCGACACCAUGGCGGACAACGACUCCCCCGUCACCCUCCGAACUCGCAAGUUCAUCCGCAACCCUCUGCUGGGCCGCAAGCAGAUGGUCGUUGACAUCCUCCACCCCAACCGUGCCAACAUCGCCAAGGAUGAGCUCCGCGAGAAGCUCGGCGCCCUCUACAAGGCCCAGAAGGACCAGAUCUCCGUCUUCGGUCUGCGAACCCAGUUCGGUGGCGGCAAGACCACCGGCUUCGCCCUCGUCUACGACUCCCCCGAGGCCAUGAAGAAGUUCGAGCCUCAGUACCGAUUGGUCCGUGUUGGCCUCGCCACCAAGGCCGAGCGUGCCAGCAGACAGCAGCGCAAGCAGCGCAAGAACCGACAAAAGACCCUCCGCGGAACGGCGAAGGUCAAGGGUGCCAAGGCGAAGAAGGAGAAAUAAACGGCGAAAUCCAUGUAUAUCCUCGGAUUGGUGGGGGAGCUGUGGUGUUUUGCCUUCUGCAGCCACGGGUAUGCGGGUGCGUCCAUUUCUUCGGCAUGAGGGACGUGUCGACGGAAUUGUGGACUCGGCGAGGAGGCGUGAGGGCUUGGCCUUCAUGAUCUUUCCUCAAUACACUAGCAUGAAAUCAAUGGUGUUUCGGGUUUCGGACCAAAAAUAUUACAUGACACACAUUAGCUCCCUCCGUCUGCUCUUUCGUUUGGUGGCAUGUGGAUGUGUACGCCUGUCGCUCUCGAUGAAUUGGAAGGGCAUGGGACAGCACUACCAAUGGAUAUGUCACAACGGAAGGAAUCAUUUCAAUGGUUAAAAAAAGUAUUGUUCGUGUCUUCAUAAGAUGCCGGCCAGCCAGCUGGGUAUCAAACUCUAUCCCUCCAUUAACUCCCCGACUCCAAGAUGCUUCCCA